AAAAAACUAGUCUCCUUUUUAUAUGUCUUCAAAUUUGAAUAAUUUCUUGUUAAAAUACAAUUCUAAUUAUGAGAACACUACGCCGAUUGCGAUUGCAGGGAAAUACCUGAGCGUAAUGCCAGGUCUCCGAACGCUGUACUCAAUGUAUCUCAGUGGAUUGGAUGACUCCCUGACUGCCAAGAUUCUUAUAGUUGAUAAGCUAACUAGGGAGUCAAUGCAGCAUAACGACAUCAUCCAGGAGAACUUCAUAGACAUUUACCACAACCUGACCCUUAAGUCGGUGAUGGCCCUGAAACACAUAGCCGCCUUCUUUCUCAAGUGUGAUGAUGACACCUGACACUUUCUGCUGGGCAGUACAAUCCCGCUGUACAAGGUGAAGUUGCCAUGGAAUCGCUUAAACGGCAGCAGAUGUCUGAUGUACGGUCACAAGUUUUGCAACAUGAAGACCGUCGGAAGUCCCUGGUACAUGCCGCAAUUUAUGUUCAAGGGCGCCAAGUACCGGAAAUACCCAUCCGGAACCGGCUAUCUAAUGUCCAUCGAUCUGGUUCGGCGGUUGUGGGAAGCCCUCACCACAUCUUUUGUCCAUCUGGAGGAUGUCUUCGUCACUGGCAUCUGUACGGAGAAAGCUGGAAUCCGGCGACGUCAUCAAACACUUUCUAACUAUGAUCACUUGAAGCCACUUUGCAUCUUUAAGGGAACCAUUACAAUGCAUCCUGUACCUUUGCACAGUAUGCUGAACCCCUGGACUUUCGUUUCCAACUAUAGCAUUAAAUGUCUGCCACCAGGGAAGCACUUUGUCAAGGCUCAAUUAUCAAAGAAAUCACACUGCUAAGAUUUUAAUUACAC